UUAACUUCACACUGAACUACGGCAUUCAAGUGUAGAUCUGCUUUUGAAAAAGUAGGGUGAACUUUUCAAAAUAUAACUGGAAAUAAUUAUCAAAAUGAAAUCGUAUUACACACUCGUACUUCUCGUAUUAUUUUUUGUUUUUGGAUGCACCAAGGGAGAACCCGUCGAUUCAGAGGAAUUUGACCAGUUACAAGAUACAGUCUCUUUGCUUCAAAGAAAACUUGAUCAUUAUGUCUCAAUGAACAUGCCAAUCGCCUUUACAGCCGGGCUAUCGAGAACAAUCCAAAACAUGGGAACAAAGCAGAUCAUUGUUUUCAACAAUGUAUUCACAAACGUCGGGAAUGGGUACAACCCUUACAGCGGACAUUUCACCGCGCCAGUUAGAGGGGUUUACGCUUUCUUUCUCGUUAUAACAAAUAUUCCCGGAUACUCUUGCAGCGUUCAGCUUUUGAGAAAUGGACAAUUCAUCGGAUCAUUAUUGGCCCACUCAAAGGAGAAUAGGAAUUUUUUAACGUCAACACUUGCCGUCACAGCCAAACUGAAGAAAGGCGACCGGGUCUGGGUACAGAAUGCAUAUGGUUUCUCUCCAGUUGAAAAGAUGGAUGGUAAUAACUGGUCCAUGUUCUCCGGACAUCUCGUUGGUGCUUACUAGCAGAGGGAAAUGUACAUAGAACCCCUUUUUCAAUAAUGUUUAUUAGUACAUUUGUAUAGACAUUGUUCUCCUUUCAUGAGUCUCCUCAAGUCUUUUGUCAAACAUUUUUUUUUUUGAAAUUUAGAAAGCAUAUCUUAAAUUAAAACACUGUCAAAGCUAUAUCAAGCAGUCAGACAAAGGAGAGGUGUAAUGUGGUUGGUUAAAGUAGGUGGAAAGAAGAACAAAAUAUCAAUUCGGGAAGUGUUUGGAGCACGAGACUGCUUAUUACACAGGGUCAAAUGUAUAAUUAAAUAGUCAGUGGACAUAUGACAGAAAUUUAAUGGUUCUUUGUCAAUAAAUUAUAUAACACUC